AUGAAUUCAAACAACUGGCUUUCUUUCCCACUUUCACCGACUCAUCACUCUUCCAUACCAGCUCAUCUCCAUCCUUCUCAGUCUCACCAGUUCAAUCUAGGGUUAGUAAGUGAUAACAUGGACAACCCUUUUCAAGCACAAGAAUGGAAUCUGAUAAACACGCAUGGCGGUGGAGAAGUUCCGAAGGUGGCAGAUUUUCUAGGAGUGAGCAAAACGGAGAACCAGGCAGAUCUUGUAGGGUACAAUGAAAUUCAAGCUAAUGAUCAUUCUGACUACGCCUUGUUCCAGAGCAACAGCAUAGUACCUGCUGUUCAGUCAACCGGCGCCGUUUUAACGUCUUCUAGUAAGACCUACCAGGAGUUUCAAGAGAGUACGAAUAAUUUACAGUCACUGACUUUGUCUAUGGGAAGCACUGGGAACAAGAGUUCAACGUGCGAGACUAGUGGAGAUAACAGUACAAACAGCAGUGCUGUUGAAGCUGCACCCAGAAGAACACUGGAUACUUUCGGCCAAAGGACAUCUAUUUAUCGCGGUGUAACAAGACAUAGAUGGACAGGGAGAUAUGAAGCUCAUCUAUGGGAUAAUAGUUGUAGAAGGGAAGGCCAGUCAAGAAAAGGAAGACAAGUUUAUUUGGGUGGAUAUGACAAAGAAGAAAAAGCAGCAAGGGCUUAUGAUCUGGCUGCGUUGAAGUACUGGGGAACGUCGACUACUACUAAUUUUCCGAUCAGUAAUUAUGAGAAGGAACUAGAGGAAAUGAAGCAUAUGACUAGGCAAGAAUUUGUUGCUGCUAUCAGGAGGAAAAGUAGUGGCUUCUCUAGGGGUGCAUCAAUGUAUCGUGGAGUUACAAGGCAUCACCAACAUGGAAGAUGGCAGGCGAGGAUUGGAAGAGUUGCAGGAAACAAAGAUCUUUACUUAGGAACUUUCAGCACAGAGGAGGAAGCAGCCGAAGCAUACGACAUAGCUGCAAUCAAGUUCAGAGGACUCAACGCCGUCACCAACUUCGACAUGAGCCGCUACGAUGUAAAGAGUAUUCUCGAAAGCAAUACUUUGCCGAUAGGUGGUGGAGCUGCAAAACGACUGAAAGAAGCUCAAGCCAUGGAGUCAUCAAGAAAAAGAGAAGAGAUGAUUGCUCUCGGCUCCACCACUUUCAGCUAUGGUGGAUCAAGCUCAAACACAAGAUUACAAGCUUACCCUCUUAUGCAAAUCCCAUUUGAUCAUCAUCAUCAACCAUCUCAGCCUCUACUAACGUUACAAAACCCUGAAAUCUCCCACUACGAUCCUUCCUUUCAUCAUAACUAUCUCCAGACACAGCUCCAUUUGCACCACCAAACUGGGUCGUCUUCUUCGUCUUAUCUCCAGCAACAGUCGAGCCAGAACGCCCAAUUCUACAAUAGUUACAUCCAGAGCAACCCUGCUUUACUUCACGGCCUGGUUAACAUGGAUCACAACAAUGGCAGCUCAAGUGGGAGUUACAGUACUGGAGGAUAUCUCGGAAACGGCUCAGGAAUUGGGUUGGCGCCUAAUUCCACGGCGAUAGGUUCUGCCGAGGAUCUUUCCCUUGUUAAGGUUGACUACGACAUGCCCUCCGCCGGCUAUGGUGGCUGGUCUGGCGACUCAGUUCCUGGCUCAAAUCCCGGCGUUUUCACAAUGUGGAAUGAUUGA